CUUUCCAGAGGCAAAGGUCAAAAAGGCAUUGCGCGCCGCGUUUAAUAACCCGCAGCGUGCUGUCGACUAUCUCUUCUCCGGUAUCCCUGAGACCGUCGUGCCCCCCGCCUCAGCGACCGCGCCUCGAGUUCCACCAAGGGCAGGGGACCCUGCGGCAACCGCCCCGCCAACGGGGAAUGCAGACCGCGCACCGCCGUCAGCUACCCCGUUCAAUAUGUUUGAAGCGCCACCUGCGGGUGGUGGUGGAGGCCAGGGUGCCCCAGGCAACCUCGACUUUCUGCGCGGACAUCCCCAGUUCAACAUGAUGCGUAGGCUCAUUCAAGCCAACCCAUCCGUACUGCCGCAGCUGUUGCAACAACUCGAAGUUCAAAACCCGUCGUUGCUGGCCAUGAUAGACGCGAAUCAAAUCGAGUUUACAAGGCUUAUCAAUGAACCGCUGAGAGAAGGAGAGUUAGGGGGCGAUGAGGCGUUGGAACAGGCGGCGCAGGCGAUGGCGGGCGCGGCAGGGCUCGCGGGGCAGCCAGGAACAGACCAGGUCAUGGUUUCGGAGGAAGAACACCAGCAAAUUGUGCGCUUGUCAGAGCUGGGGGCGUCGAUUGGGCUCGAGGAAUCGGAUGUCGUCGAGACUUGGCUUGCUUGUAACCGAGACGAAGACCUUGCCGCUAACUAUUUGGUUGACCACGCCGAGGAGCUGAGGGCGGAUUCUCAACGGAACGCGCAAAACUCUUCAAAUCCGUCUAAUGGCCCAGGUGCGGGCGAUGGUGGUCCGCCGUCGUGAGGAUUUGUUUUAUGCGUUUCGCGCCGCAGAGUCCUUUCUUUCCGCUAUCUAUGGCCACAGGCCGAACACUCUGUUCUUCGCGCCGGGGCGCCGAGGUGGGGCAAUUUUCUCGCCAGACGUAUUGGGUGCGAGGCUGUCAACCAGUACAGAUAUAUUCUUUGCGAAAUGCCAGCGUAGUGAUGAGGACAAUUACAAUCCUCUUCAUCUGCCCGUCCCGGCCCCUAGAUUGGUAGGAGAUCUUCCACUUAGUGACCCCCCACUUGGAGUGGUGUUGUGGCCACACCACCGCAUGGGCGUUGGGCAUUAAAUUCUUCCAGGUCCGAACGCCAUGUGCUCCUCCCAUGGCCAUCUCUUCAAUGUAGUUUGCAAUUCUGGUCAACCCAAACAUGCAAGAACAUGACUGGAGUGAUAAACCUCCUGUUUGCGGACACUGGCUACACACGUGCGUCUCUCUACCGUAUCUACCGCCGUAUGUUACCAUAAAGGUGUUGCCUGGCGUGGGAAUGAAGGAUUGCUUCCCACUAAAAGCACUUUUACCUUGGCCUCGGGUGCUGUCCACCCCAGUUGCCUUGAAGAACGUGGAAUCUUCGUAACUGUGAAGACCAUUCCACAGGAGCCUGGUCCCGUGUACCUGAGGAAUCAAAAUAUCCUGUCUUCCGCUGUCGUCCACAUCAAUGAAGGCUGCACCCAGCGGGUCUUCAAUGCCAUCUAGUAUUGGACUUUCUGAAGCGCGUAUAUACUCAAGCACUUCAAGAUCGUCGACAGAUUGAUAAUGAUAGGAGCCGGUAAUUGAAAGCAAUAAUCUAUUGUAGAAGCGGUUAAGGCCUCGAGAACCUGGAAACCACCCUUUUCGGCCGCGGAAUGAGCUAGCCUCGAACAGAUUCAACGUCCCAGUUUCUCCAUUCAGGAGCAACAUAUCGGCUCUAUUGUCGAAAUUGAAAUCUCCUACUCUGAUUGUGCUUUGCAUGCGAUGAAUCCCGACCAAAGUGUCUGGUAUAUAAACGUUUUCCAGUG